CGCAGCGGUGCAUGCUGGGUGAUCGUGAGGCAGGGCAGCAGCAGCAGCCGGCGGACUCCACCUUCAGCACGGGCUUCACAGUCAGCCGUCCCGCUCCGACGACAGCCCGUGUGGAACCGAACCAUGGACGCCAGCGGGCGGCCUCUGACGGUAUAGCCCGGAGGAUUCUUCGAUCACCGCAGAGUCAUGGAGCCAGACGUGAUCCGCAUGUACUCCUCCUCUCCGCCACCCAUGGAGGACGGCGCUGAGGAAGAGGACGAUGAGUUCGGAGAUUUUGGCACCUUCUCUGGCAUCCCGAACAGCAUCAGCUUCUCAGAGUUUGACACUCCGACCACUUUUAACCAGACGCAGGCUCUGACCGCCACUUCGCCGCCGGAGCUGAUCAACAGCAGAGGGGUGGUGGGCUUCAGCCACGGCUCCACGAACGGCGCCCGCAGCCGCAGCGGUGAGCUCUCAAAGGCGAACGGUGUCGUGCUGGCGAGUGCCUCAGAAAGAACUGAGAUGAAAAAGGUCCUCGCCAGCUGUGUGGACUUGACCGCGAGCGACACCGCGGAUUGUAACGGCAGCGAGGUGCUCACAAACGGGUUUGAUGUUCAGGGAAGUCCUUCCUCCCAGAAUUCUGUCCACGAUCGCAUAAAAGGAGCGUCCCCCGAGGACACGGGCGGCGCCGGAGGCCCGGAGGACAACUUUGCAGACUUUGCUGCUUUUUCCGAUGCUGACGGACGCCUCGACCAGACGGCGAGCUCGCACUGUCCACCGGGCGUCAGCCAUAACGUAGAGCAGGGACUGACUUCAGAGGAUGAUGUCAGGGACACAAACAGAACUGAAAACGACGCGUUCGGCUCAGAGUCCCUCUGCGUCCCCGCUGAGACGCCGGACCGGCGCGCUCACGUGGAUGCUGACUCUCGACAAAGGGAUGUGGCCUUGGCGGCAGAUUGCGGCGCCUCAGAGGCCGUUUGCACUGACAAACUGUUCGUCGUGAACAGGGCGGACGUAGCUGACAGCAACGGUUCUGUCGACGGCUGCGGUGAAAAGCAGCUCCUGCCCGACGCCGCCGCAGACAGCGAGGCGAGGCAAUCGGAUGAGAAGAGCUCCGGGAACGAGACGGAGACCGAAACGGAGACUGAGACGGAGACGUCGUUUGGCCGUCCGCUGUCCACCGACGCUCUGGAGGAGUAUGGCGACGUGAGCACCACGGGCUCGGUGCCCUCGCCCCCGCUCCAGGGGGAAUCCGCCACACCCGCUGACGACAGCCAGAUGGGUGAAGACGGCGACGAAGACUUCGGGGACUUCGGAGACGCCGGCUCUUUCAGCGCUCAAGGCUUCGCAGACUUCGAUCAGUUGGAGGUUGAGCACGAUCCAGUCGGAUUACAGAGUUCUGCUCUGGCGCAGGAAGCUGCGAGCGCCACGGACAACGCAGAAGAAGAAGACGACUUUGGCGACUUCAACUCCCCCAAAUUUAACUCGGGUGAAAACGAGGGGGAGGAGGGAGGAAAGUUUGCCGACUUCCCUGUGAGCAACAGUUUUGGGAAUUUCAGCUCGGCCGGUGGCGGCGAGAGCGACGCCGGGUGGAGCGCCUUCGGGGAGCAGCAGCAGGAGGAGGAAGAGGGGGCUUCAUGGGCGGCGUUCAGCGCUGAGACGAGCGUCUCACUUCCUGCAGAUAGUAGAGGAGCGGAAGAGGAGAAGCAGGAGGAGGAGUGGCACGAGAGUAAAGCACCUGCGGUCGGCGAAGAAGCCAGCAGCACUGACAGUCAGCCGGCAUCGCUGUUCAGCCGUGUGGAGAAGCUGUUCCAGGUCAGCUUCCCUCAGAGCGCCACCCGACUGCUGGAGGACCAGGUGGUGUCCCUGAAGGCUGUCCUGGAGCCUCCUGAGGACAGACACCCCGGAGCUGAGGAGGGGGAGGAGAAGAAAUCGUCAUGCGAGAGGUCCGUGUACGGUGGUGUGUGGACGCAGCUUCAGGACAUCCACGAGGCGUUCGGCCUCAGAUACCAGUGGGGCGGCUCCCACUGCAACAAAGCACUUCUCUGCUGCCUCGGCAUCGACACCAGAAACAUCCUGUUCACAGGACAGAAGAAGCAGCCGGUCAUCGUGCCGAUGUACGCCGCCGGCCUGGGGAUGCUGGAGCCAACCAAAGAGCCUGUGAAGCCCGUCUCUGCUGCAGAGAUGAUCGCCUCGAUCGCCCAGGCGCCGCCGCUGGUACCUGAGAAAAGCUCCUGUCCUACAGACUCGGUCCAGCAGGAGGCGCUCCCACCCGUCCAGUUCGACUGGAGCAGCAGUGGCCUUACCAACCCGCUUGAUGCCAGCGGAGGCUCGUCUCUCUUAAACCUGGACUUCUUUGGUCCUGUGGAGGACUCAGGCUCCAGCAGCUCGCCCUCCAUCCCAGGUCAGCUCCAGCAUCCUCCUCCUUUGAAUUAACCUCCAUCUGCUCCUCUCACUCGCCGCACUCUCGUGCUUCCUGACCGGGUCACAUGACCAUCCCGACGUUUGAUCCUGGUGCUCAUUUUAA